UACUACCUUCGGUUUGACCAUCUCCACACUCAACCAUCCUCCCUUCUCUUCCCUUCCCUUCUCCGCCAUCUCCAAUCCAUCCCCCCAUUCUCUCUCUCUCUCUCUCUCUGGGUGUUGAGGUAGUCAAUUCAGCUCAGCCUUCUCCGCCUGCUUCAAAGAAAUGGCCGGGGGCCCUCCAUCUGAAGUCCAGAUCAGAGUACUCCCCUCCUCAUCGCGGCGGAGCGGCGGCGGCGGCGGCGGAGUCGUCCACCCGGUGGAGGUAGAUUCGCCUCCUUCCCGGCCAGCCUCCGCCGGAGCCACCCCGAGCCCAAUCGUGUACAAGGAAGUGAAGCACUUCAAGAAAUGGAUGCCGUGGCUGAUCCCGGCCUUCGUCGUGGCCAACACCGUGAUGUUCAUCAUCACCAUGUAUGUCAACGACUGUCCCAAGAACUCCGUUUCUUGCAUCGCCAGGUUCUUGGGCCGCUUCUCGUUUCAGCCUUUCAAGGAAAACCCCCUCCUGGGUCCUUCUUCCUCCACGCUUCAGAAGAUGGGAGCAUUGAAAGUAAGUAAAGUCGUCGACAAACACCAGGCGUGGCUCCUCAUCACAUGCAUCUGGUUACAUGGAGGAGUUUUCCAUCUACUGGCAAAUAUGCUGAGUCUCUUAGUUAUUGGUAUUCGGCUUGAGCAAGAAUUUGGGUUCGUCCGAAUUGGCUUGCUAUACAUUAUCUCGGGACUUGGUGGAAGUUUGAUGUCAGCUCUCUUCAUCCAGUCCAACAUCUCAGUCGGUGCUUCUGGUGCACUCUUUGGGUUACUUGGAGGGAUGCUCUCUGAACUCAUCACUAAUUGGACUAUUUAUGCUAACAAGGUUGCAGCAUUCAUGACUCUUGUGGUCAUCAUUGUCAUUAACUUGGCAGUGGGUAUCCUUCCACACGUGGACAAUUUUGCUCAUAUUGGGGGUUUCCUAUCUGGCUUUUUCUUGGGAUUCGUGUUCUUAAUCCGGCCUCACUUUGGUUGGGUUAAUCAAAGAUAUGCUCCUCCAGGGUAUUCACCAAACUCGGUUAGAUCCAAAUUCAAGAUGUACCAGUGCAUACUGUGGCUCGUGUCUCUCAUCAUCUUAAUUAUUGGGUUUACGGUAGGUCUGGUGAUGCUUCUUCGGGGUGUAGAUGCAAAUGACCAUUGUUCGUGGUGCCAUUAUCUGUCUUGUGUCCCUACUUCACAUUGGAGCUGCAACACCGAGCCAGCACAAUGCACUGCAUAUGAGAUCGGGAGCCAGUUGAAUGUCACCUGCGCAACCAAUGGCAAGUCAGGGCUAUACAACUUGUCCAACCCGAGUGAUUCACAGAUUCAGGGGCUCUGUUCUCAGCUAUGCAAUUGAUUCGUUGAAGAUGGCACGUAUCGGAUAUAUACUAUAGUCAUUAGCCAGAGACUGCUAAGAUUGCUAUUUGUUGCACUUCAGCAUAUGGUUACAUACGGGAGAUUGAUUUCUUUUUUAUCGGUUUUCUUCCCGCUGUAAAAUUUGUUCUGUAUAGCGAUGUACUUGUAUGUACAUUGGGGAUUUGAAUCAAUAGUUCAUUGAUUUGCUCUUUCUGCCCG